UGGAAGUAAUCGUUAAUUUUACCUGCGAAGAAUGUUGUAUUGGUUCCAUACAACGUACAUGCAUGCAUCCAAGUUAUUUUUGGGCAAUUUGGUUGUAAAAAGCCCAUAUUUCUGAAAAAACUAACCCGAGGACAACACAAGGGUUAAUUGAUAUGCAGGCUCUGAUCAUGAGGACAAUGAAGUCUACUCUGGUGUGGGCUGCGGAAAGUCACUCAGCGACCAGGAGAGGGCAUCUCAAGUCCUGAAACGAGCACCAUUGAGCACAGUAUAACCCUCCACCAACAUCAUUCCUGUUGCUAUACAACUGAUUUAUUCUUGAUACCACGGUCAGUCUAAUCCACAGCAGACUGCGCCUUUUCCCUCCGCUCUCCACAUCUGAAUCUGGAUACAUCCAACUUGUCGGGUUUGGACCUCAGUUUAUUCCUCUCAAAUGUCUUCACUUGCUCGGUGUCCGGUGUCUUUUCUGCCACUUCACCUAGAUUGAACAAUUGGCGACUCGGUGUUUUAAAAUGUGUCUUCUAGCCUCCCCAAAGCACGCGCUCACACACUAGUGUCAUUCUCACCAGGCUGAAAGCUUGAGUGCGUCCAUUCAAGGGCUGUGUAAGGUGGCAGUCUGAAAUAAAUAUGCAUUAUCAAGCUGAUGUUGUGCGUUAACGUGGGAAACUAUCAGGCAGAGGUUGAUGCGCACCUUUUGGAGCGGCUCACAUCUCCGACAGGUGUGCGGCUGUGCGCAAAGCGGACCUUGCUGCGGCACAAAGUGCGUAUAUUUUUUCCGUACAGACAGGCGUCCUGGGUGCGUGUCCAACUAUUUGGACAAAACGCCGAGUGCGUCUAACAUGUGGACCUGGGACGCAUGCAACAGAGAGCCCUAACCAUGAGGAGGAGCCGACACCGCGCAAAUAUGGGUCUUCUCGUGCUUUUCAGAUGGCUUGUAUUCACAGCGGUGGUGCCCGCCUGGCUGCUUGCUGCUCCAAGCGGCAUCCGUGAGCGUCCCUGCCCCCAGAGCUGUAGAUGUGAUGGGAAAAUAAUAUACUGCGAAUCCAAUGCCUUCCGUGACGUGCCAAACAAUGUGUCUGUAGGCACACAGGGCCUCUCCCUGCGUUACAACAGCCUGGUGAACCUCCGAGCUCACCAGUUUGCAGGCCUGAGUCAACUGGUUUGGCUCUACCUCGACCACAAUUACAUCAAUGAUGUGGACGGCCAGGCUUUCCACGGGAUACGGAGGCUCAAAGAACUGAUCCUCAGCUCAAAUAAGAUCACACUGCUAAAAAACAACUCGUUUCACGACGUUCCGAAUUUACGCAACCUAGACCUUUCCUACAAUAAACUGCAGGUUCUCCAGCCUAAUCAGUUCGUGGGUUUACGGAAACUACUCAGUUUACACUUGAGGUCAAACUCCUUAAAAACUGUCCCGAUGCGAGUUUUCCUCGACUGUCGCAACCUGGAGUUUCUAGAUAUUGGCUACAACAGGCUACGGAGCCUCACACGCAAUGCCUUCGCAGGACUCCUUAAGCUCAUCGAGCUUCAUCUGGAGCACAACCAGUUCUCCAAGAUCAACUUUGCUCAUUUCCCCCGCCUGACUAACUUGCGGGCGCUCUAUUUGCAAUGGAACCGUAUCAAACUGUUAACCCAGGGCCUCCCCUGGAUGUGGACCUCCUUGCAAAAGCUGGACCUCUCAGGGAAUGAGCUCCAAGUGUUGGACCCGAGUACAUUUCAAUGCCUCCCUAACCUGCAGACUCUUAACCUUGACUCCAACAAGCUGACCAAUGUGUCUCAGCAGGCAGUGGAGGCCUGGAUCUCCCUCACCACCAUAAGUCUGGCUGGUAAUUUGUGGCACUGUAACCCCAACAUAUGUCCCCUGCUGGCCUGGCUCAAGGCCUUCAAAGGUAACAAGGAGACCACUAUGAUUUGUGCUGGCCCCAAGGAGGCACAAGGAGAGAAAGUGACCGAUGUGGUGGAGGCUUAUAACAUCUGUACAGCGACCCCAUCCCCUGUUUCCUCAACACCAUCGCCCCUCACUUCUGCUUUUCGACCUGAGCUGCUGCCUCUCCCCACACAGUCUGUGGUGGAUAAGAAGCUGAUCUGGAACAGGACAGCCUCCCCGUCUCCUUCCGAGGCCUCCCCCACCAUCCCUUUGCCAGACACUGAGUAUGUGUCCUUCCACAAGAUCAUAGCUGGUAGCGUGGCCCUCCUCUUAUCUGUAGCUAUAAUUCUGCUGGUAACCUAUGUCUCAUGGAGGCGCUAUCCCAGCAGCAUCAAACAGCUUCAGCAGCGCUCGGUGGUUAAAAAGCGGCAGAAAAAGGCCCGGGAGACCGAGCGCUCCCUUAACUCACCACUGCAAGAGUACUAUGUGGACUACAAGCCUUCACACUCAGAGACUAUGGAUGUGCUGGUUAAUGGGACAGGACCUUACACAUACACCAUCUCAGGCUCCAGGGAAUGCGAGAUACGGCGGCAGCUGAGUGCUCUGACGUUGUACAGGUGUGAGCAGUCGGUUCUGGAUUACUGCCAUGCCCACCUGUCGCUGCACCUCAACAUGGGCAUGGAGCCCCCAACUCAGGCACUGGGAGGUCCCAGGCAAGCCAAGUACCACCCCGGCCUCAUGGCUCCCCUCCCCUCCGAGCCUGCGCUGCCUUGCCCCCAGACCCACUCCCUCCACCAGUGAGCUGCGCCCACUGUGAGGCUCUGUGUUCAAACUACUGUAUGUCUGUUGCACAGAAUCAUGGGACCGAUGAAACACAAGGCUGCGUGGGAGGGAACUGGGACUGGUAAAGAAGCAAAGGAGACAAUUAAUCUACUGCAGAGCAUCUUGGACCCAGGGUAAUGAAAAUGAAAAUAGUUCUCAGUGAAAAUAAAAGGGUGCAGCAGUAUUGAUUACUGAGCUUCUGACCCACCUGACCCGCAAUGUCCUCAAUAGGCAAAGGAGGCUGAGCAGCAGCAUUGUUUCCACAUUCUGCUCUGCCUCUUAAGGCUAAUAAUUUAAUGAUUUGUUAAUCUUAUUAAAACAUAUUUCCUCGACUGAUCCUUAUCUGGGCACCCCUCCGCUGCGUCAGGUAAGGUAAUCAAAUGCAAAAUGCUAUUAACAGAGCAGGGGAACAGCAUGAUGAGCAAUUGAGUAGCAGAACAAAUGAAAGCUCAGCCAAGCUCAAAGGUUUUCUGCUGCUUUUUUCUGAUCACCCUGUCAGUCAGAGGUGUCUCUCUCUAACUCACGUCCCCGUGGCGCUUCUCAUCUCGAGAGAUGAGCCACCCAAAUGAAAUUACCCAGGAUGAGAGAAACAAGUCAGAAAACAACAGACAGUGAUUGUCAUAUAAAAUGUACAGCCUACACAUCUUGCCGGCAGUAAGUAUAAUUUACAUGGUGACCUUUGAUUUCCUAAAUGAUUUAGGAUGUAUAAUUAAUUUAAUCGAGCUAAGAAAUAAACAGAUGAAAAAUAAAUAACAGCUCUCGGUGCACUGGGAUGUGCGGGUAUUUACUUUUCACCAUCCAUUUAAAUCACUCUAGUUAAUGGUUUUUGUUUUGGAAAUGUGUUCUUUGAUGAAUUAUCUGAUUGUGCACUCAUAUAUCUACAUGUGUGUGCUUUUUACAAGAUGUUACAUCAUAAUAUAUGGUAAAUAAACUGUGGUAAAUGCCCAGUCACAUUGUCAUUCAUCAAGAUGACUGGUAUCAACCCAACCAACUGUUUGCUGUAUUUAAACAGCAGCAUAUGUGGUUAAGACUGAAGAGCACAGCGCUGAUGGCAAGACUGCUAAAAAUCAUGUGUGUUGUUUUUGCCUUAGUGAUCAAGACCCUGAUGGUAACUUCCACUUGCUUUUUUCCCUCCUGUGACUGUGUGUGACCGUUAUCUGACGUAAUACAGUAUACUCCACUUUCUGAAUUCGCCUAAUGGACUUCCAUGUUGCUUCCAGGAAAAGAAAAAAACUUUUGUACAAAACAAUACCCAAUUAAGGUCCUGGGUAUUAAUAGACAACAGCUACAUGUUCUUCACACACAAAUAGUGUGCCAUGAAACUGGUGAAAGCUAAAUGUAUUUAAUUGGCACGUUUGUCAGCUGGGAAUUGACCAUUAGUUAAACAAGCCCCCUCAAUAGCAAUUGUCCAGUCAUAGUU